CGGACGAACUAAGUGCAUGUAUAACUUGACGAUUCCUCAGGUGAAACUUGACAUAAAAAAGAACUGAAAAGAUGUUACAGACUAAUAUCUUGUUUAUUGUGUUACUUUUUGUUUGUGUUGGUAUAUACACAGUAAUGACGACUGGUCAACCCUUUAGAAAUAAAGAGACCGCAAGUGCAUUUGGCGAUGCCAACAAGGCUGUCAUGUUGAGUCUUUUGAAACAGUUACCACAGGCAUCGAACGUUUUCUAUUCGCCUUUUAGCAUUUCCACUGCUUUAGCCAUGGUCCACUUGGGAGCAAGAACACAAACUCUAAAAGAAAUGAAUGAAGUUCUUCAUUUUGACAAAAUGGCAAAGGAUAUCCACUCAGCUUUUGGGGGUUACCUGGAGUAUUUGUCAAAGGAAACUGGUGAUGUUACCCUUAAAACAGCAAAUAGGAUCUAUCAAAGCAUGAUGCUUAAGCCUGAAGAGACAUUUAUGAAAGAAUGUGAAAAGCAUUUCAAGGCUGCAACAGAAUCAAUGGAUUUCUCUCAGUCAGCAGUAGCGAGUUCGAAAAUAAAUUCUUGGGUUAGUCAACAAACAGAAAGUAAAAUCCAGAAUCUGGUUCCAGCUGAUGCACUAGAUGCCUUAACAGUCAUGGUUCUCAUCAACGCCAUCUACUUCAAAGGGAACUGGAAAAGUCAAUUUCAAUCCGAGGAAACUCAAAAAAUGGAAUUUCGAAACAAAAAGGAUAAUUUCAUGACUGACAUGAUGUAUCAGAUGGAUUAUUUUAGAUUCUGCCAUUUACCCGAAAUGCAAAUAAAGGCCCUAGACAUUCCAUACCAAGGUGAUAAACUAAGCAUGCUCGUUCUUCUACCAAUGGCUGUGGAUGGACUAAAUGAUCUGGAAAAGAAGCUGUCUGAACAUCUUCUCAAUGACAUCAUCAGUAAUCUCGAGGAGAACGAGGUCGAGGUGUAUCUUCCAAAGUUCAAAAUGGAAAGUGAGUUUAAUUUGAGGCCCUAUUUAUCUGCUAUGGGGAUGUCGUCUGCUUUUGACGAGAAUAAGGCGGACUUUUCCGGAAUGGACAAAAGCAAAAAUGUCUACAUCAGCGAAUUGUUUCAUAAAGCAUUCGUGGAGAUGAACGAAGAAGGGUCAGAAGCAGGAGCUAUUACAUUUCUUGUGACAAGUACCUCUAAUCAUAUAACACAAGAGUUCAGAGCAAACCAUCCUUUCCUUUUCUUUAUCCGUGAUUCGGUAAACGACGUCAUUCUUUUUUCCGGCAGAUUCUACCAACCAGUGGAAACGCCCGGUAAAGACGAAUUGUAAAUAUUGCUAUAGAAAAGAUUUACUUUGCCGUCUGAACAGAUAUAUUCUAGACGUAUAGUAUUGAUUGACGAAGUAUAGUAAUGGACGUUUCACAGACUGAGAGAAUAUUUUUUUUCUGAAUAGCCAUAAUCUAAUAAUGUUUUUUUCCGACACUGUUUUGUAUAAUUUCACAUUCAAUUA